GUCACUGAUAUUAGAACGAGAAGAAGCAUUUAUAAAUGGUGGUGAAGUUUUUUGUUAUUUGCAGAUGAAAAUAUAAAAUUUCAUAUUUGUGAAUUAAAUAUUCCAUUAAAAAAUAUGUCGAAACAAUUACCGCGAUGUGGCCGCGGCGGUGUAGCUAAUUGUGGUGGUAACAGUGUUGCUGAUAAAGAUUUACGUGAUCAAUUACAUCAGGAAAUUGAAAAUAAAUCCAAGUCAUGUUCCAAUCCGACCUACGAAUGUACGAUACCACGUAUUGAAGGCUACGAAUAUUGUAUGCGACACAUAUUAAGAGAUCCUCGGGGAAACUUCCGCCAGUGUUCAUAUACCUAUUUCAAUGGAAAAAAAUGUCCGAAUGCUCUGCCAAAACACGACUUGAAAAAGGAUCCCAAUAUGACUACGUUAUGCUUCGAGCACAAUCGACAGGUACAGUUGCAAAAGACACAUGCCACUGUUGGUAAACUGAAGCAAGCAGACACCAAUGAAGUGCUAUUAAAUAGUCUAUCACAUCAUAUACAUGUAGAAGAAGCGGUUGGUAAAAAUUCUGCAAAUAGUGAACAAGAUGAAGAAAUUGAUGUGGUAUCACCACAUGUAACCCCAUUUGUUAACAAUGACCAAAUUCAUAGCCUGAGUGAUAUUGUAAGGACAAUGCGAAAACGUCGACGUAUUCUAGACUAUGCAUCAGACAGUACAUCUGAUGAAGAAGUCAUUUGUAUGAAUAACACCUCACGAGGACAUGAGUGUAACGAAUCCGAUAAUGAAAGUGUUGACUCUCAAGAUGACGAUUUACUCAAACAUGCUGGUAUUUACACGCGUCAGGAAGCUAUUCGUCUAUCUGAGGCUAAACUUACCAAACUUCAAGGCCUUUAUAUAGAUCAAAUAAAUCGUUUACAUCAUAUUUUACGUGAAAAAAGGCGUCGAUAUUUACAUGCUAUUCGACGGGAACGAGAACAUUUAUGCAGCAUUCAUGAACAAUUGAAAGAGACACCCAGAGAACGUGCCCUCUACGAACAAUUAAAGGCUUUAAACUCGUACCAUAGAAGACAUGGCGUAGAAGCGGUUCUUUAUAAAAAAUUCAAAGAAAAACGUAGUAGAGCGGGCGAUUCAAGUUCUGUUUCAAAAAACUCGGGAUUCACAAAAUGUAUUUUCACCGAAGGCGGUGUUAAAUGCGGUGAUCGUUCAUUGCCAUGUUGUAAAUACUGUCGCAAACACAUUUUGGAAGACAAGAAGCAAAUACUUUUCAAAGCUUGUGAAAAAGAGAAAUCGGGUGUAGUUUGCCAGGAGGCCAUACCUUGUAUUUUCGAUGAUUCAACAUGCAUAUUACAUUUAACAAUACCACAUCAACGUCAAUACGUACAAAAGAAAUACGAAUCGGAAACCGAAGAAGAUGAAGUUGUCGAUGUUAAAACCGAAACAGUCGAGAAACCAUUGUUGGAUAUAAAAUCAUCACCCAUACUACAUAAUGAGAUGAAUAAUGCCGUAGCUCAAGGAAACCAAGCAACUGUGACAAAGUAAAUUAUGUUUUUUUUUUUUUUUUUUCAAAAACAAACACUUUGUUGAUUUUAAAAUUUAAUAAAUUUUUUAAAAAACCCUAAAUCUUAUUUCAAUUUUCAUUUAACGUUAAUUGGGAGAUAAAUAAAAUAAAAGCCAUUUAAUUUAAGAAUCUCUUAUACAUAUGCAUGUAUUUUAUAUUUUGUAUUAUUAAAGACAUAUAACAAAACUUAUAGAUAUAAUUUUCUAGACAUUUCUUAUGCUAAUCUUUUUUCAUUUUAUGAUUUUAAAGAUACAAAUUUUAUAAACGCUUUUGUAAUUUUUUCUUAUAAAUUAAGACUAAUGAGGUUUUUGGGGUCACUUUUGUUUUUUUUUUUUUUUGUUUAUUUUGUAUUGAAACCAUUUAAAACUAAUUUUAAUUAUAAAAGGAUUAAUAAAUUAUUCUCUACUUGAUUUUUUUACAAUAUUAAAUUUAAUAAUAACUUUCAUAUAAAUAUUUGUUGCAAUCUAGGUUAUAAAAAGAUGACUAACUAUUAAUGUGUUGGGUAUUUAAUUUAGGAUAUAACAAUUUUCUCGUACAACAUUUCAAAAGAGAAUUGAAAGGAUUUUAGUUUCCUAAGAAAAAUACUUUUACGUCUGUAAUUUUACGUUUACAAAUAAAUAAUGUGUAUGUAUUGAAUACUACA